AUGACACCUACAAUCCACUGCGUUCGCCACGCCCAGGGCGUCCACAACCUCUGCACAGCAAACCAUGUCAUUCCAGACCCUCUUCUUACAGAUCUCGGCCAUCAGCAAUGUGCCACACUGCGCGACACUUUCCCUCGCCACGACAAAAUCGACCUGGUGGCUGCCUCACCUCUGCGCCGCACCAUCUACACUGCCCUUGAAAGUUUUGAACCAGUUUUCCAAGCUCACCCAGAUUGGAACAUAAUUGCCUUACCAGACUUACAAGAGACGUCAGAUGUGGCCUGCGACACCGGAAGCGACCCCAAGGCAUUGCAACAGGAGUUUGCGGACAAGAAUGUGGAUCUAGACUUGGUCCACGAGGGCUGGAACAACAAGACUGGUCGUUACGCCCCUACCAAUUCGGCUCUCCGGGCGCGCGCCCGCGCCGCUCGCCGCUGGUUGAAGGCUCGUCCUGAGAAGGAGAUCGUUGUCGUCACGCACGGUGGAUUCCUACACUACUUCACCGAGGACUGGGAGGAUCACAGCCAGUACCAGGGCACCGGAUGGUCGAACACUGAAUACCGAUCCUACACCUUUUCAGACGAGAGCCAUAGUGAUGAUUUGGAGGGUCAUGCGCUUGAUGGUGAUAACGCCACGCUGGUAGAGACUAGUGAUUCACGACAACGCCGUGGCAAGGGUGGUCCCACUCUGGACCGGGAAGAGCAGAAGGUGCUUUACAAGCUUGGUACCCAGAGCUGGAAUGAUCAGCUUAGCACGGAGGAGCGGGAGUCGGCGAAGGUGCCCGAGGGUGAAGAGGUCAAUGGUGUCCGGAUAUGA